GGCGCACUGGCCCCAGCUGGCUUGCGCGCGCAGCAGCUGCGGGACCUGCUUCUGGAAGCUCACUGCGGUGGUGGUGAUCGUGGUGGUCCUGGCUGCGGGUUCUGGCGCAGUUUCUGCAAGACCAUAAACUGAAUCCCUGGAGCCUAUGAAUUGAACUUGAUGUCUUGCUGUCUGUAAUGACUGUUGGUGGACAGUAAUAACUGAUAUUCAACUAGAGUCUAAAGAGGACUAGAUUCCUUCUGGUGAUACCCGUGGCAAGCUGUAGUUUACUUGAACAAGGUGACAGCCGUCUUCCCAGAUCCUCAGACUCUGGCUUCAAGUGAACAAGAUAAGGUCCUAAGAAUGGAUAUUCCUGGGGAGCAAGAAACUAUCGUAAGAGGAGAUGCUACUGACUCAGAGUCUUUAAGACAGAGGUUCAGGUGGUUUCGUUAUUCAGAAGUGGAUGGACCCAGAAAAGCCCUGACUCAACUCUGGGAGCUCUGCACUCAGUGGCUGAGACCAGAAAUUCACACGAAAGAACAGAUUUUAGAGCUUUUGGUGUUUGAGCAACUUUUGGCCAUUUUGCCUGGGGAGAUCAGGAUUUGGGUAAAGUCCCAACAUCCUGAGAGUAGUGAGGAGGUGGUGACCCUAAUAGAGGAUUUGACCCAAGUGCUUGAAGAAAAGGAAGAUCAGUUCUCUCAAGACUCUGCCACUUCCCAAGAGGGGAACCUAGAAGAAGAUAAAAUGGUUGCUGUUCUUCCAAAUGCUGAGUCCCGGGAAUCUUUGUCAUUCAAGGAUGUGGCUGUGAACUUUACCAGAGGAGAGUGGAAGAGGCUGGAGCCUUUUCAAAAAGAGUUAUAUAAGGAAGUGCAAGUGGAGAACUUUAGGAACCUAGAAUUUCUGGGCUUUCCAGUUUCCCGACUAGAUUUGAUUUCCCAGCUAAUGUGGGUUGAAAUACCAUGGCUGCUAGAAAAAGAAAUCUCAAAAGGCUCCAGAUCAGAGCAUGAGCCCAGACGUGAAUUGAAGGAAUCCAUUCCAAAUCAUGAUAUUUUAAUGGAAGAAUCGUCUCUAGAUAAGAUAAUAGAAAGAUACCUCAGAGAUGAUCCUUACAACUUGAUGGAAGAAUCCUGCAGAUUAGAGAAGGGUCGUAGCAAUCAGGAAGAUUCACAAGUAGCAGUCACACAAAAGAAAACUCGUGGGAGAGGUAGUAAGGGUGAGGAAUUUGGUGGGAGCCGCAGUGUGAGGUCAGUCCUUGACCCGGAAAAGAAUGCCUUUGGAAAGAAUUUCAGACAGACUUCAGACAUAAUUAAACAUCUGAGAGUCUACUUAAGGAAAAAGGCUCGGAGGUAUAAUGAAUGCAAGAAAUCCUUCAGUUUCCACUCAGACCUUGUUCCGAACCGCAAAGAACACACUGGAGAAAAACCACGGAAACGUAAAGAAGGUAGGAAAGUCUUAAGUCACUCUUCAUCUCAUAUUCAACAUCAGAAACACCAGAAAAUCCGUUUGGGGAAUAAAUCCAAGACGUGCAGUAACUGUGGAAUAGACUUUACUCAAAUCUCCUCUAAGAGAAUGGCUGAUGGAAAAAAUUUCACCAUUUGUGAUAAAUGCUGGAAAGCGUUACAUAAAGAUUCAACCUUGAAUAAAGAUGAGAGAACUGAGACUGAAGAAAAAACCCAUAAAUGUAGUAAAUGUGGAAAAGCCUUUGGCUAUAGUGCUUCACUCACUAAACAUCAGAGGAUUCAUACUGGGGAAAAACCCUAUAUGUGUAAUGAAUGUGGAAAAGCUUUCAGUGACAGUUCAUCCCUCACACCACACCACAGAACUCAUAGUGGAGAGAAACCCUUCAAAUGUGAUGAUUGUGGAAAAGGUUUCACCCUAAGUGCCCACCUCAUUAAACACCAGAGAGUUCAUACUGGAGAAAAACCCUAUAAAUGUAAGGAAUGUGGGAGACCCUUCAGUGACAGUUCGUCUCUUAUUCAACAUCAGCGAAUUCAUACUGGAGAGAAACCCUACACGUGUAACAAUUGUGGAAAAUCCUUCAGUCAUAGCUCUUCUCUUUCCAAGCAUCAGAGAAUUCAUACUGGAGAGAAACCCUAUAAAUGUGGCGAAUGUGGAAAAGCCUUUAGACAGAAUUCUUGCCUUACUCGACAUCAGAGAAUUCAUACUGGAGAAAAACCAUACUUGUGUAAUGAUUGUGGGAUGACUUUUAGCCAUUUUACAUCAGUUAUUUAUCAUCAAAGACUUCAUUCAGGAGAAAAACCCUACAAAUGUAACCAAUGUGAGAAAGCUUUCCCCACGCAUUCACUCCUUAGUCGUCAUCAGAGAAUUCAUACUGGUGUAAAACCUUAUAAAUGUAAAGAAUGUGGGAAAUCCUUCAGUCAGAGUUCAUCGCUUAACGAGCAUCACCGAAUUCACACUGGAGAGAAACCGUAUGAAUGUGACUAUUGUGGUGCAACCUUUAGUCGAAGCUCAAUCCUUGUAGAACACCUAAAGAUUCAUACCGGAAGGAGAGAGUAUGAAUGUAAUGAAUGUGAGAAGACGUUUAAGAGUAAUUCAGGCCUCAUCAGACAUCGAGGAUUUCACUCUGGAGAGUAAUUCUGGGAAUAUAAUAAAGUGUGUGGGGGAGGAGGGAAGCGGGGGAUUUAGUCAAAAUUGCCCCGUACUGAAAAUCCAGGAUAUAAACUCAUUGAUCACUAGCUACAACUUUGAUGGGUUGGCAGCUAGGAAAAAUAUUAUUUUUCUCAUUCAUCUUUCUUCUUUGUAAGGAUGUCAACUACUAGUAGAUAGUAAUCAAGGUUGGUAAAGUCAUUGGAAAGUAAGGAAAGUAGUAUGAAAUGUGAAAUGAUUCUAAAGGAUCAAGCUUAAACUUAAAAAGGGGGGAGGGGCACAAAGGACCCAAUCUCUUUACUUCAGAGGAUUUCCCUCUCUUGUAGCUCCCCUUCCACUACCAUGUAGUAGAAUGGAAAGAGCACUUGGCUGGAUCAAAUAACUUAGGGUCUGCCCCAGCUUACUGUCCAAUUCUGUUUUAUAUGAUAUUGGACAGAUCAUUUGAUUCUUCUGAAUUUCAGUUUCUUUACCAGUAAAAUGAAUGUGUUGGAUUAAUGAUUUCUAAGUUUCUUUCUCUUUUUUGAUACUUUUUGAAGCUGUGAAAAUCAGUUACCUACUUUUGAUUCAUUGGAACUUUCAAGUUUGUCUGGUAGGAAAUCAUUCCUAUUUAGGAUGCUGGACUUCUGGCCUGGUGAGAUUGAAGUAUACUUUUUUAAUAGUUGAAGCAGGGAUCCUUAGAAUGCUAUAUAUAGGAACAGGUCAGUUCAGCUCAAACAAGUUUGCCUUCAGGGAAUGUUUCAGUUGGACAAAGCACCUCUUUUCCUCUGGGCGUUGGCUCGAUUGGGAAUCCAGGGAGCUUCCACUUGAACCAUCUCAGCCAUGAGAGUAAUAGUCUUAGGAAAAUAGAUUUGGGGGAUGGGGGGUGAGGUGUUGAAAGCAGAGAGCUGUUCUGGAUGGCUUCUCUUUUGCAGAAAUAGAAUUCUAUAUUUUUAAAAUCAUACUUUUGUCUGUAUCAGGUACAGUUUUCCUGAAACUGGAGAGUGAACAUUCCAUAUGGCAGUGGUCACAAGCUGUCAGCCUGUUGCCAUACUGGGGUCUUAGAUAUGUUUUAGUUGGCCUGCAAGGUGGGGUUUGUGUGCAGGUGUGAGUGGGUGGAUUUAGUUGCCACCAUUUGAAAAUUAGGAAAUUUCUUUUUCUUUUUUUUUUAAAUAGGGCUUGUCUUGGAAGAUUAUAAGAACUGACAACACUGGACUCAUUUCUGUGGGGCAGUCAGCUGGUCUUUGGUAGUAGCUCCCACCUUUAGAUGGGGAAUGUACUCUCCUGCUUGCCGAAUUCUCUCAUUUAUAUAACCUAACUUGCCCAUUGUAGGUACUUGAUAUUAUGAUUGCCUUACCAUAUAGAGAAUAUAUGUCCUAAAAUCUAUCAAGACACCCCACUGACAGUAAAAAAAAUUCAGGAAAAGAAUGUAAAAAUGAUGCAGAAUAGAUUUUCAGUUGUGAAAUUAGAUUUCAAAGGACUGGAGUAUGCUGGUAUUGAUGGAUUGAUUGUUCUUCAUGUAUUUCAAAUAUGGAGUCUGAAUAAUAAUUUCUAAAUGAAAAAGAAACUAGACCCUGAGUGAUAGGUUUGGGUCUCAGGUCAUAGAGUUCUGGAGGAACCCCACUGACUUGAUACUGGUACAGAAAUAAGUUCCUAAAGUUGAAAUUUGAGAUGGCUCCUAUAAAAGAGGACUAAACCAGAAAACUCCAGACUUAUGGAAGUGAAGAGAUCCUUAGUGUUGGUCUCAGACUCAGCAAUAUUUGCUGUGAUUUAACGGGUUUGAGUUUGCAAUGCUACCUCUGGAGGUUUUGGUUUCUCCUGUGUGCCUCCCUCCCUCCCUCCACACCUCCCCCCUUACUAGAACAAAGCCUGCAAUUCAGAUAGAUGCUGUGUGAUAAAUUAAUCUGUAUAGUUACUGCUAAAUGGACGAAUCGGACACAUUCUAGCCAGGAAAAAAAUACAGCUUGUGACAGUCUUUCACCUGGUUUAAGUUUUGUUAUACAAGGAUUUAAUUUAUGGCACAAAUUUAAAAAAAUGUCAAGUUACUUGUUCCAGAAUGUUUAACUAGUUAGGCUCCUCAGCUUUCAUAGGAGGAUGUUUUAACCAAUAUCAGUUGAUAAUCUGGAGCAUAAACCUUUUUUUUUUUCCUACAACUUUAUUGAGGUAUAAAGUAUACAUAAAAUUCAUCUCAAAGUGUACAAUUCAGUAGAUUUUAGUAAAUUUACGGAGGUGUGCAUCCAUCACCAUAAACCAGUUUUAGAAUAUUUCAUCACCCCAAUAAGAUUCUGUCCAUUUACAAUUAAUGCCCGUUCCCAUCCCCAACCUCAGGUGACCAUAAAUCAAUGUACUUUCUGUCUCUGUAGAGAGUUGUUCUUUCAGGACAUCUUGUAUAGGUGGUAUUGUACAAUAUGUGGUCUUUUGUUUCUGGCUGUUUUCACUUAACAUGUCUUUGAGGUUCAUCCAUGUUGUAGCAUGUGGCAUUGUUCCUUUUUUAUCACUGAAUAGUAUUCCAUUAUAUGGAUAUCCCAUAUUUUGCCUCCCUUUAUCAGUUGGGAGAUAUUUGAGUUGUUUCCAGUUUUCUGGCUGUUAUAAAUGAUACUGUUUUGAGUAUUAGUCUGCAAGUCUUUGUGUGGACAAAUGUUUUCAUUUUUCUUAGGUAGAUACAUAUGAGUGCAGUUGCUGGAUGAUGAGGUAAAUUUUUGUUUAACUUUUUAAAAAAAUUGUCUAAUUGUUUUCCAAAGUGACUGUAUCAUUUUACAUUCCCAUCGCAAUGUUUGAGGGUCUUUGUUGCUCCACACAGACGAUAUUAAGAUUGAAAAAUGGGAUAUAACCAUCUGUAUGUAUACUUAUACAUGCAACUUUAAAUCACUCAAUUGAAAAAAAUUUAAAACUGAUAGUUUUCUAGGAAAACAUAAAUGAUCAAAAUCGACUUUAAAAUAGGUAGACAUGUGAAUAGAAUACUAUCAGAAGAAAUUGAAAGGGUCGUCAAAGAUGGGAUACUAUGGCAUCCUUUCUCCACCCCAACCCUCCCAAAAGGCACCAGACCCAGAUGGUUUUCUGGGCGAGCUUUACCAAACCAUUAUACAACAGAUAAUUUGUAUAUUAUGAAAACUAUUUGAGAGCAUUAUAAAAGAAUAAAAUGAGUCCCCUUUCAUUUUAAGAAGCUAGCAAAACCUGAUAAAGAUGAUAUGACAAUAUAGAUUGGCCUUAUUUACAAAUAUAUAUGCCAUAAGAGUCUUCUCUGAAACAAAAAAGUUAAAUCUAAUUCUACAAUGUAAUAAAAGAAUAAUUGUUUUCAGUAGGGUUUAUUUCAGGAAUUCAUGGGUAGUUCAACAUCAGGAAAUAUUUCAGUAUAACCCACAACCACCCCAACUAAAGUAAUGUAUAACACUGUUAUGUCACACUUUUAUUUCUUUAUGGGAUUGUCAAAGAUACUAGGCUUUGUUUUGCUUAUGAUUUACACGUGCUAGAGUUUACUUUAUUUGAUCAGUAUUCAAACAGUUGUUUAAGUAGAGAGUGCAUUAAAACAGUUGUUAAGUAGAGCGUAUGUAAUGGAAAAUGCUCUCAUAGCAAACAAGGUAGACAGGUUUUACAGUAAAGUAAAACCUAGUCUAGUAAAAGUAAGCUUUGGUGAGUUUUUUGUUUAGAAUUCCAAAUAAGUUUGAUGUCCCAUGCAAGCAACACAUGUACUGUGGAUAAGCAGCGACAUUUCUUUGAAAACUCAUGAGGUUCUUUUCACCACUCUUACCUUUUAACAAGCCUAACAGAAGUUUAGCCAGAACAAUUUUUUUUUAAAUUGUGCUUUACCUGAGUCAGGCUUGGGAACACAGAAUUGCAUCAUGCUUAGCAUUUUCUGAAAUUUUCUUUGUUUGUUUGUAGUUUUUUCUUAACAUUCUAGGAUAUAAGCUUCGUAGGAGUAGUGAUCUUGUCGAUCUUUUUUUUUUCACACUGUGAUCCCAUCUCCUACCAUGGUACCUAGCACUAAGCAGGCAUUCAAUAAAUAUUUGUUGAAUGACUGAAUAAUAUAUUAAAAGAGAGAAAAAAAGAUAGCAAUGAAAAUAUAUUUGAUGGAAAUGAAAUCAUUUUUGUUAUUAAAAACAAGUCUUAAUAAAUUAAGGAUAGAAGAAAACUUUUUUAACUUGUUAAGAUGAAAAAUGUUAGAAAAAAUAUUAAUAGAUGAGUAAAAAAUUCUAGCUUGUAAAUAAUUUUUCCUCAGAUUUUUGAAUAUUUUUACUUUCAAAUAAUUGCUUUUGAGAAAUCUAGUGCCAUUCUAAUUUCUGAACAGUUGUAUGUAACCUGUUCCCCCACCCCCACUUAGGGUGCCUUUGUGAUUGUCUAUCUAUGAUAUUCUGAAAUAUUUCUCUGCUGUUUCUUUUUCUUUUUUUUCCUCUCCUGUUUCUUGAUGUAGGUAUUUUUUGUAUUCAUUGUAUUGGGAAUUCAUUGGGCCCUUUUUAUGGGGAGUCUCAUAUCCCUCAAUUCUGGGAAAUUCUUUGGUACAAUUUGCCUAAUAGUUUCAUCUUCAUUUUCUCUAUUCUUUUCAUCAUCAUUCUUUGUCAGAUGUUGGACCUCCUUAGGUUGAUCCUCUAAGUUUUUAAUCUUUUCCUUCUUAUUUUUCAUGUCUUUGACUUUUAUCCUACUUUCUGGGAGACUUCUUUGACUUUAUCUUCCAACUCUACUGUUAGAUGUUUUGAAUGUUUUAUUUUCUGUUCUCAUAUUUUUAUUCGUAAGUGAAUUUUCUGGUUCUCAGGUUAUUCCUUUUUUUUUCUUCUUUAUAAUAUCCUGGAUUGCUUCAUGGAUGAAAUACUUUCUUUCUCGGAGGUUGUUAAUUAUAGAAUCUGAAGUUUUAUUUCCUUCCUGUGUCACUAGUGUUUCCUCUGAGUUGUUUCUACCUGUUUUCUGUCUUUCACUUUGGAAGACUUCCUCAAACCUCUGGUGAUUCUUGACUUAUCUUCAUCUUUAAAAGGCUCAUCAGAGGUGUUUUCCUUAGUGCAGCACUGUCCUAUAGAAACAUGUGAGUCACAUAUGUCAUUUUAAAUUUUCUGGUAGCCACAUUAAUGUGUAAAAGAAAACAGGUGAAAUCAAUAUAUUUUAUUUAACACAGUAUAUCCAAAAUAUCAUUUCAACAAGUAAUCCAUAUAAAAAUUAUUUAAUUUUAUUGUGCUAAAUCUUCCAGUUCUAGUGUAUGUUUUACACUUAUGGCCCAUCUUAAACACAAAAAUUUCACCUGAAAUACUUGAUCCAUAAUUAGAGUCAUAAAAUUUAAAGUUGGAAAAGUAGAUUCACAUAGUUGUUGCAAACAUGCUUUGUUGUUUUUCCUAACUUAUUUAAAAGUUUUCCAAUAAGUGAAUCAAGUAUCAAAAAACUUUCUUUUGAUGUUUGUAUUCACUUUGACAAAACUGUUCCAUCUUUUUGUUAGAAGAAUUGAUUUGAUGUUGAAGCAAAAGUAUGUCAGUCUCAAAACUUCAUUUAAGUUAAGUAAAUUCACUAGCUCUUGUGUCAACUCAGUAGUAUCAACUCAUUAAAUUCAAAGAGGUAUUGCAUAAAUGGAAAAAAAACUGAAUUUACCAACAUUAAUAAGACAUUCUUCAAAAUUUUUUGUAGUUUUUACAGCCAGUUUACUCAGUGCUGUUGAUUACAAGUGAAAUCUUAUGCAUAUUGAUUCAUGUUAGAAAAAUAUGUAAAACCAUUAUUAUUUGUAUUUUGAAAGGUUUCAGUUUCAAUAUAAAUUCUUAUAGCUGUCUAGCUAAGUCACAAAUAAGUUUUUUCCUUUUCUUGAAGCUUCAAAUUUAGCUUAUUCAUACGCAGUGUGAUAUAAGGGAGAAAAAUCACACUGCCGUGUUUUGUCUUUGAUUAGUGAAUAUUUGACAAACAUUACUUUUGUUUCAAGAAAGUCUUGAUUUGGAAUUACUAGUACCAGAAAUCUUUGUAGCACACUGCAUGAAUCAACCAAGACGACUUGAUAAAGAACACAAGAUCAUUAGAUUCAUUGUCUUCUAUUUCAGCAGUUUGUUUUACUGACAAUGAUUAUUUCCUAGCAUUUGCAUGUAUAUACUGAACAAUUUUAAUAUCUGUAUCCAAGAUACCUUUCUUGGAGUCUGCUUCAGAAAAAUGAGCAUAGAUAUUUUCAAUAUGCAUCAUACAUUGAAACAAAGCAAGGAGGAAAAGAAACAUCAUUCUCUUGCUUUAAAAUUCUAAUACUCCUGGGCUUUUGACCUAAUAUAGCUGGAGUCCUGUCCUCAUGACAGAGACUAAUAUUUCUAUCUCUAUCUCUAUCAGAAGUUCUUUGACAGAUGUAAAAGUGUCAAAAAUAUCUAUACCACAAGUUUGAGUUUUUAAGGUUACAAAUUGACAACACUUCUUUGUAAUACAAAUUUGAGUACUCUUGGAGACAGCAUACCCAUGUUUUCACUGGGCAUUGUCUCCUGUAAUACACAUGACCAGUCUACAGCUAAAAAAAAUACUUGCAAUUUUUCAAAUUUUAUUAGAAAAAUCUUGUAUUCUGUGAGAAAAAUUAUUUGGUGACUUGAUUGAAAUUUUCACUUUUUGUAAAAUAUCUUGUUUUUUUCUCAUAAUUUUCUAAUUAAAUUACCAUAACUAAAAUGAUAAUUCUUUUUUUUAACCAUCUCUUUAUCUGAGGUUCUCUCUUGUGCAAGAAUUCAAGCUGUUUUAUAGCUGGUCAAAUUUACAGGCUCAGAUCCUGUUAAAAAUUGUCUGUUUUUUGUUGGAAAUUUCUCAUUUCAGAUGAUUAAUUUUUCAUUGAUUCUUUUUUGACUGUUAGGAGAAACUUAUCAAAGUCACUAGGUCAUUGCUGAAAAACGACAUAAAUACUAAAUAUUGUCUUAAAUACUGCCUACUUUAUUAUCUUUAAUACUUUUUUACACCAUAACCAGCUAUUUCACUUUGCUGUGCUGUAGUAAAUUGCAGUUGCCAUUCCUUGUGAAGUUUGUGCUGUGCCCUCUUCCAUUUGCUUUUUUGUUUACUAUUCGGUUGUAAUACUAGCAUCUGUAUUUACACACAUUUCAGUAUGCUUCCAUCAAAAAUUUAAAUAUUUGUAUUUUCUAACCUAGAAAAAGUUAUUUUGUAAUUAAAAUAGUAAUUCCAUUUAUGUCUAUGAUUUACCUAGGUAUCACUGUAACAUACGCUGUCUGCAUAUGGACACUCUAACUUGUGCUAUGUGCAUAAAAUACCCAAGUAAACACAUUGCAAUGUUCCUUCAAUGCGUAGAAAAAAAUCUUCUAAUCUGCAUCAUAUCUGCUGAUACUGACUAGAUUGGUGAUGUGCUUAUGUGUAAUACUAGAAACAAUGCACGCGCCUGUACAAGCAUUACAACACAACAAUAUUCUGUGUGAUACAGUGGUUAAAGUGAAUAGUACUUAUAUCAAAACAAUAAAGUUGCAUUUAAUGGGAAAAAUUUUUUACUCUGCCUCAGUUUUUAAAAUUUUUAAAUGUGGCACUAUUCACUUUUCAGG